UGCACCAAACUAAUCAGGUACAUCUGCUUUGCCUUGUGUGAAAUAACUAGAUCAUCGCCUCCCCUGUCGUGGUAGCGCCAUGCACCGCGGGCGCCUUGUCGCCAUUGUGCUAGCAGGCAUCCUGCACUCGGCCCUCGUCGCCGCCGAGGACCGGCACGUUUUCCUGAACUGGGAGGUGUCCUACUCCCUGCGAUCCCCGCUGGGCGUCUCCAAGAGGGUGAUCGCCAUCAACGGCCGGCUCCCCGGGCCGCUGCUCAACCUCACCACCAACGACGUCGCCCACGUCAACGUCGUCAACACCCUAGACGAGCCUUUCCUCCUCACAUGGAACGGUCUGCAGAUGAGGAGAAACUCGUGGAACGACGGUGUGGCGGGCACGAACUGCGCGAUCCAGCCCGGGGAGAACUGGACCUACGUGUUCCAGGCCAAGGACGAGAUUGGCAGCUUCUUCUACCGGCCGUCGCUGGGGCUGCACGCCGCUGCCGGCGGCCACGGCCCCAUCCGCGUCAACAACCGCCCCGUCAUCGACGUCCCGUUCCCCCAGCCCGACGGCGAGUUCGACGUCCUCAUAGGGGACUGGUACAACAUGGACGCAAAGGAGAUGAAAGAGCUCCUGGACAGAAGCCGUGGACUGCCGCCGCCGGACGGCAUCUUGAUCAACGGCUUGGGCCCUUACGAGGCGGAGGUGACGUUCAAGGCAGGGCGCACGUACCGGCUUCGCGUGUCGAACGUGGGCACGAGGACGUCGCUCAACUUCCGGCUCCAGGGCCACAAGCUGCUGCUGGUGGAGGCGGAGGGCACCUACACACUGCAGAAGCACUACGCGUCGCUGGACGUCCACCCCGGCCAAUCCGUCUCCGUCCUCGUGGCGGCCGACCAGGCGCCCAAGGCGUAUUACAUGGUCGUCAGCUCGCUCUUCGUCCUCCCGGAGAUCUUCGGCGUCGCCACCGUCCUCUACGCCGGCUCCGGCGAGCAGCCGCCUUCCGGCGACGCCCCGCUGGACGACCGGUCCUCGCAUACCAACUACAACCGUUCCAUGGAGCAGGCCAUGUCCAUAAGGAUGAACUUGACGUCCGGCGCGGCGCGGCCCAACCCGCAGGGCUCCUUUCACUACGGGGAUAUCAACGUCACCCGCACCCUGCUCCUCCAGAACGACGAGUCCGACAUCGGCGGCCGGCGGAGGUGCACGGUGAACGGCGUGGCCUUCGCCAACGCGGGCACGCCACUGAAGCUGGCCGACUACUUCAGGAUCGCCGGGGUCUUCAAGGUCGUCUCCGGCAGGCCGGAGAGGAGGAACCCGUUCAUCGGCACCACGGUCAUCGACGCCUCCUACCGGGACUACGUCCAGAUCGUGUUCGAGAACAGGCUGCCGUCCAUGCAGACCUGGCACCUCGACGGCCACAGCUUCUUCGUUGUCGGGAUGGCGUGGGGCAAAUGGAGCCCGGACGCAAGGUCGACGUACAAUCUGGUUGACGCCAUGUACCGGUCUACCGUGCAGGUGUAUCCCACGUCAUGGACCGCUGUGCUGGUGUAUUUGGAUAACGAGGGCAUGUGGAACCUGAGGUCUCAAGAUGUGGAGAAGAGGUACCUAGGCCAAGAGCUGUACCUGCGAGUCAGCCAAGGCGACUCCGGAGUCCCUGAUCCCAGAGACGAGCUGCCCAUGCCUUCCAAUGCUCUCUUGUGUGGGAGAGCUACGAGGCUUAAAAGUUGAUACAGCUACAAGUUACGGCUAGGGCCAGGGCCAGCGUGGCGUGACCCUCCAAGUGGUUGUUUGGAUAAUGAGUAUCAUAAGUUGCAAUCACAUCUACUUAAAAUAGGGAAACUUAGUUAAUAGAAAAUCACAGAUAAUCAUCUCACCUACUUGAAAAGAACUUAGUUUUUCCCGUUGAGCUCAGGCUUUGCCCGUCGCACCCACCCCGAAGGCCCGAACCACGAACGAACAGAGAAAGAAAAACAGAGGUUCCACCCCACAUCAACUUGCUAGGUUGGCUAGAUUUUCUGAUACCGUUGAUUGGUGUGAGAAGCCAUUGAAUGAAAUUUGUACCCUUCCUCUUAAA